AUGGGUCUUUUCCACCACCACCACGAGAACCAGCACGGCCCUGGCGGCCAUGAAGGCCCCCACGGCGGUCCCCAAGGCGGUCCUGGAGGUCCUGGCGGCCCUCACGGCGGCCCCGGUGGCCCCGGUGGUUCUCACGGCGGUCCUGGCGGUCCCGGCGGCCCUGGAGAAUUUGGUGGUCCUCAUGAAGGCCCUGGUGGCCACGGCGGCCCUCACGGCGGCCCCGGUGGUCCUGGUGGUCCUCACGGCGGUCCUGGUGGCCCUGGUGGCCCCCACGGAGGUCCCGGCCGUUUCUAA